AUGGGCAAAAGGUUUAGUGAGUCUGCAGCUAAGAAGAUUGCUGGACAGGCUAGGAAGAGAGAUCAAGAAGCGGCCAAGAAUAGAGCAGAACGAGAACGGAUUGAGGCAGAAGAGUUGUUGAAAUGGGAGGAGGGAGCUCGGCAGCCAAAUCAGAAGAAGCUUCUUGAGGAACAGAAACGACAGGAAAAGCUGCAAGCAAAAAAGGAGCGAGAUGAGAUGUUAGCAGCUGAGGAAGCGACGUUGGCGAAGGGGGGCAAAGGUAAAAAGAACGGUAAGAAAUGA